AUGUAUCUAUCUAUCUAUCUAUCUAUCUAUCUAUCUAAGUAUGCUAAUAUUAUCUAUCUAUCUAUCUGCCUAAAUAAUUUCAAGCACUAUCUAUCUAUCUAUCUAUUCAUCUAUCUAUCUAUCUAUCUAUCUAUCUAUUACGCUCGAAUUUGUGAUGCGGCACCCAGUGAAUUAGGUGUCUCCUUACUUGCAAGAUCUCUACGACUAUCAAGCGCCACACGCAAGUUCCUAUCAUCUGUUCAUUCUAUCUAUCUAUCUAUCUAUCUAUCUAUCUAUCUAUCUAUCUAUCUAUCUAUCUAUCCCAUUCCUUCAUUAUCUAUCUCUCCCAGUCCUUCAUUAUCUAUCUAUCUAUCUAUCUAUCUAUCUAUCUAUCUAUCUAUCUAUCUAAAUAAUUCCAAACACUAUCUAUCUAUCUAUCUAUCUAUCUAUCUAUCUAUCUAUCUAUCUAAAAAUAAGAUCCCAAAAUGA